GGUGAAUUGAAAGAGUGGUGGGCAGGGAGAGAAGAAAAAGAAAAGAAGAAUAUUAUGAUGAUGAUGACGAUAAUGAAGAAUUACGGAGGAGGUUGGGUUUUGGGAGGUGUUGUUGCUGUCGUCUCGUUUACUGUUAUGUUAUUGUUAGUGCUUCUUCGGCAACGUAAGAGAUUUGUCUUGCACCCCUUUCUAACUCCAUCAUCAUCCCCAUCCACAUCGCUUUCGGUCUCCGAUUCUACCAAUCCCAACUUGAGGACCUCAAAAUUUGUAACAGAUGCAGAUUUGAAGUUUUUAAUUGAGACUUUGGAUGAGAAACUCAAUGAGAGUGAUAAAUGGGAGGAUGUUAUAGAUAAAAGAAAUCAGCAACUAUGCUACACUUUGUUUCUAUUGGUCUUGCAGAAUGGUCCUCUGAAAUAUUUGAGCGUGACUAUAUUCAAUGAUAUUUCCUCUGAGAUGCUAAGAAACUUCUAUAUGGACAAUGAUUACAGAAAGCAGUGGGAUAAGACCGUGUUUGAGUAUAAUCAACUGCAGGCUUAUGAAUCUAAGGGUGUUGAAGUUGGCCGUACAGUUAAGAAGUUCCCACUUUUGAGGCCUAGAGAAUAUGUGCUAUCUUGGAAAUUGUGGGAGGGACAGAAUAAAACUUUCUAUUGUUUUAUGAAGGAAUGUGAGCAUCCUUUGGCACCUCGGCAGAAAAAAUAUGUGCGUGUUGAGCUUUUUAGAUCUGGCUGGCGGAUAAGAGAAGUACCUGGUAGAAAUGCCUGUGAGAUCACAAUGCUUCAUCAAGAAGAUGCUGGUUUGAAUAUGGAGAUGGCAAAGGUGGCUUUUUCCAAGGGCAUAUGGAACUAUGUGUGCAAGAUGGAUAGUGCUCUUAGAAGAUACUCUGUUGUAAGCUGUCAUUUAUCAAGUUCAGUUGCCAUUUCGGUUAGUUUAAUGCAGAAGGUACCGCCAUGCUUGGAACCUAUAACUAGCAACAUAUCCGGAGCUCAUUCUGGUACCCUCCAGUUCCAUGAUCAGGCCGCUGAUGAAUCUCGAGUGCGGAUGAUCUCAAGGUGGUCAUCAAGAAAGUUGCUGGCCAAUAGUAUACUGAUUCUAGGGGGUGCUUUCUGCUUGUCUCGGGGUCACUCUAGCCUCGGUGCUAAAGUUGUCAUGGCAUACAUCUUAACCAAACUUACUAAGCGCGGCGGUGGACCUAAAACAAAUCAAUCCAAGCAAAGUUGAGGGUCAUAGUUAUACGCAUAUACAAUGAUAAUGGUAAAUUACAGAUUGUUUUCUUUAUUUUCAACUUUUAUGUAUAAAGGUUCAUUUUCAAUACAUAAUCGCUUCAAAUUUCGGUA